CUCUUGGUGGCCGCGCUCGGGCCGGGCUGCUUUGUGAGUGGCUCAAGCGGCGGGCAGCCGGACGCUGUUUCCCGUUUUCCUGCAGGCAACUUGGAGGCAAGCUUGACCUCCACAACCAGGAGCAGAAGCAAAGGGCAGGAGAGCAAAAAAAGGACCCCGCACCUGGAAGUUGGUGUGAUUGCCCUUUGAGAAUGGGCACUGCCACCUGCCCAGGAGGCUCUGUCCGGCACGUGCCUGGGAUGCUUCUGUUGGCCUUAGGGGUGCUUCUUGCUCCUGGCACGGCCGGGGCCAACGAGUAUGACUAUGUGAGCUUCCAGUCUGACAUCAGCUCUUACCAAAGUGGACGGUUCUACACCAAGCCCCCGCAGUGCGUGGCUAUCCCCGCCGAUCUGCGCCUGUGCCACAGCGUGGGCUACGACAAGAUGGUCCUGCCCAACCUGCUGGAUCACGAGACCAUGGCGGAGGUGAAGCAGCAAGCCAGCAGCUGGGUGCCCCUGCUCAACAAGAACUGUCACAAGGGGACCCAGGUCUUCCUGUGCUCCCUCUUUGCCCCCGUCUGCCUGGAACGGCCCAUCUACCCUUGCCGCUGGCUCUGCGAGGCUGUGCGUGACUCCUGCGAGCCCGUCAUGCAGUUCUUUGGCUUCUACUGGCCGGAGAUGCUCAAAUGCGACCAGUUCCCUCAGGACGAAGUGUGCAUUGCUAUGACGGGCCCCAAUGCCACAGAGGCCUCGAAGCCUCAGGGCACGACUGUUUGUCCUCCUUGUGACAACGAGAUGAAGUCAGACGCUAUCCUUGAGCACUUGUGUGCCAGUGAAUUUGCUUUAAAGAUGAAAAUAAAGGAGGUAAAAAAAGAAAAUGGAGACAAGAAAAUAAUCCCGAAGAAGAAGAAGCCUUUGAAGUUGGGCACCAUUAAAAAGAAAGACCUGAAGAAGCUGGUGCUGUACUUAAAGAAUGGAGCGGACUGCCCUUGCCACCAGCUGGACAACCUGAACAACAACUUUCUUAUCAUGGGGCGCAAGGUGAAGACCCAGUACCUGCUGACGGCUAUUCAUAAGUGGGAUAAGAAGAACAAAGAGUUCAAAAAAUUCAUGAAGAAAAUGAAAACCCCCGAGUGUCCUACAUUCCAGUCAGUCUUCAAAUGAUCGAUUGCUGCCAGAUUUGGAACUUCUUGCUGGCCCUGAACUUGCACAGAUCUUAACUUGGUGGCCUAUACAUUUUGGCUCCUUCUGCCAUAGCAGACACUCUCCAUUGAAUUUGUUGUGUUUCUUUCUCUUUGUGUUCAUAGACCUUCCUUUUCCUUGUGCCCCCCCUUCCCUUUCUUAGCCCCAAUUACAUCCCCUUUAAGAGUCUGUGCAAAGGUAUGUAGGUAGGUUGGGGUUUACUGUCUUGCCAUCUGAGGUCAUAUGCAAAGUGACUCUUUGCAUAGAAUAACAAAGAGUCUUGUGGCACCUGAAGGAUCAAUGGAUUUAUUGAGGCAGAAGCUUCUGUGAACCACACGCCACUUGGUCUGAUGCAUGAAGGGUGACUAAACAAAUUGUAGCUCAUGUAAACAUCUGCCCCAAGAAAUUCAUUAGUAUUUAAGGUGCAGUAAAGAUUCUUAUAUUGUUUUGGCUGCAGCAGACUAACAUGGCUGUCCUGGGAUUUGUUUGAAUAGACCUGCACUGAUUGUUGUCCAGUUUUCCAGUAGAAAUGAGCAUUUUCAGUGGAAUAGAAAUCCCUCAGAAGCUUAGAAAUUGUGUGAAUAUUCACCUUCCCUGCCGCAGUUGUUUAUGAGGUGCUCCUGCUCCUUCUUCCUUUCCCUGUUUAGUCACAUUGAAUGAUCUCACCUAGUCAGGGAUCAUGCAGGGGAUGGUAUGUCAUUGCAGUAUGACACAGCCAAUCGAAUAUGGAUGUUUGAUGAUGUCACUGGGAACAAGCAAAGACAGCAUAAAUAAACUUUUUUUUAGGAAGGAGUGCCAAGAAAAUUGCUGAUGGAACCAUUCAUGGAAAAAAAACCAAGCCAUUUUGGCUCACCUGUAGUUUGGAACAUCAGAAGGUAUUCAUAUGUAUCAGGAGAGGUCAGCAAGGCAGCAAGAGCAUUCAUGUGUGCAGUUCUGUGAAGUGAGACACCACGAAUGUCUAUUGAAAAGAGCAGGAGCUGAACAUGAGCUCCCAUUCAUUUCAGUGAGGCUUGUAGAAGGGAAUUCUGUGGUGGAUUGUGACCAUCAUGUCCACUAGUGCAAGGAGAGCACCAUUUCCACUUUCUACUUCAACUGGUAAAACAUUUUGAACCCUCCCCCCAACCUUAAAACGCUUAAUUUCUGCAGAUGUUGGGACAGCAGGAGUAACUAAUGUCAUAUCCUUCAGUGAAGGCCAGUAUUGCUACAGCGGUUCUCCAAAAGACAGUCCCUGCCCCCUUGGGGAGCAAUACAAUACUUGAAAGGAGGGAACAUGAAGUUUGAGGAGGAAUGAGGCAGGUGGAGAGGCUCCCUGCUACUACACCAUCCAAGUCAGGGGUUCAUUGAUCCCUGGCAGAGACACAUAGGAUUUGUGAGGGUGAUGGCCUCUUUGCUGGCCCACAACCUAAACAUAACUCUGGAGGAAAGGAGCAGCUACUUUGUUCUUCUGUAAUUUCCCUAUGUCUAGGAUUGGAAGGGUCAGUCAAAUAUUCUGUUUAUUCCUUUCAGAUGUGGAGUUGGGCUCUUACUAUAGCUCAUUGACUCUUAUAUUACAGCAGAAGGAGUUUGUGUGAGAGAUGCACAAAGAUCUCCACAUGCUCUCCUCUGGAACAAAUUAUUGCCAUUUUGUUGGGACCCUCACAGAAUAGCAGAGGAAGUUCAGAAACAGAGGGAUUGGGAGGGAGUGAGAGCCAUUGGGUUUUGAAGUCCAUGUGGCUUUAUGUCCUGCCUCCUAGAAGAGACAUUGCAAAGGCAAGCGGUAGGGAAACUGAAAGAAAUAGGAGUUGUUGGUCAGCAUGGCAGUGUGGGGGAGAGAAAGUUUUGUAUCAUAGAUGAGGAGUGGAUCAGCGUCUGUGUCUUAGAAGCCUCCCCUUUUCUUCUGACAUUGAGGAAGAAGUGUAUGUCACUGUACGAGUCACCCCCCCCCCCAAGUGGUUAGACUCUGAAAUGGUUCCCUAUAGCAUGAAUAGCUUCACAGCGACAGAGAACAUGUGCUUAUGUAUCUUUGCAGGAAGUGUACAAAAUCCAAAAGAGAUGUGUAACAUUAAAGGUGCGGACUGUUUCUCAUAAUUUGUAAACAUUUCUUUUUCUUUUCCUUAUAAAUGAAAUGGAUCAAACUUUUUCUUCUUUUUUUGCUACACCUUGAUUAAACUUUGAUAGUACUGCCAGGGAAACCAGAAAAAACAGCCACGAGGGCUGGAUCUGGUCCAUGGUUCCCAGUUGCCAAUCCCUGCCCUAGUUAUUUACUUAACAGUGUAAUCUAAUGAAAUAUUUCUAGUUACUAUGUUGAGCUAUUUUAACAGUGCUUUAACUCUGCUGUGUGUCUGGUCUCUUUCCCAAGAGGCUGACUUGCCAUAUGUGUGUAUAAUCCUUUUUGUGUGGGUUUUGUUGUUGUUGUUUUGCAAGAAGGACUUUCAGAACUUGUUUUUAGUAGAUUUCUAGAUUCAAAGUAUAUUAAUUUCUUGUUUCCAGUUUGUUUCCUUUUUGUCCAGUUCUUUUGUUGGUAAGUGUGAGAUUACAAAGAUCCACAUUUUUUAUCAGUGUGUGCCUUAAUUCAGUUACCCUACCCCCAUAUUGUUUUUCUGAAAAUUAACAGUGCCUCAACGAAAAACUACCUGAUAUAAUUUUGCUUUCUUUUAAGGCUAUUCAUGUACCUUUUUGAUUUGUUGUUCUCAUGGUCUCAGUCUACUUAACCACAAUGGCACCAUGAUUCUUAGCAGUAGGACCUUAACACAAAACAUGAUAGCUCAUGCAAAUUCUUGGAUGCUUCCAAAUUUCACAUUAGAACAAAAUCAGGUUUCUGGAUCUCAUGGUUGCUGGGAAGAAGCAGAAAGCAUGACCAAACUGGAAAUUUGGAAAUUAAAAGGAAAUUGGAUGGUUGAGACUUUUGCCUGGUAUUCAUAACUUGGUAUCACUUCAUUGCUCUUCCUGCUUUCCCCAGACCCCUUUUUGUCUUUGCAUACCUAAUGGCUAUCUCCCAUUUGCCAUGAGCCCCAACAAUCUUUCACCAAUUUCCAUCCCAACCCUGAACUGGCAUAAUAUUCUUUGUUAUCUAAAAGAGGCAGAACUAGCUUUGCGAAUUAAUAAAUAUGUGUAGAUAUGUUCAACAUCCA